AUGCCACGCCCUGCAUAUUCCUGUACAGAAUGUAUGCGUCGAAAACUACGCUGUUCAAAAGAAAUUCCAUGUUCAGCUUGCAUUGAGCGAGGUAAUGAACAUGAAUGUCGUCUCCGUCCUCAAGCCGAAAAGGAAAAUACACCGCGAAGAGUGAGGUCUGUUUUCCCUGGUAAAAAUAAGAUAUCAACCAAGACUCCAUCGUCUCAAUCGAACGAUUCGACGACGACAAUAUCACCAUUUAAUACAGACAGUAAUUCAUACUCACCCCUCCCCAACAACGCAGUUGCAGGCGUCGGACAAGAUGCAGCAGUCACGCUGGAAUUUCUUGCGAUGAGUCGUCGCCAAGUCUUACAAGAUGCACAUGUUGAUGAGGUUCAAUUGCCGGAGGGAGAAUGCCAUGUCGUGGAUACGGCGGAGUUAUUGUUCACGCCUCAGCAGGUGGAACGAUUGAUGAUGUAUCAUCAAGAAUACAUAGCAUGGACUCACAAUGUCGUUCAUCUACCAACUUUCCGGAGCCAAUGCGAAGCUCAGUUUAAGGGUGAUGUUAUGCUGGAUGGCACAUGGGUUGCAUUGUUUUAUGCAAUGCUUGCUGUGAGUUUGUUCAUUGUCACCGGCUCCGUCAUUUGCUAA